GACGUUUCACAUAUUUGACAUUUUUAGGUUACUUUUAAUUGUAAAUUUAGAAAAUGCCCCGAACUAGCAAAGAAUUACUGGAAUUGGACAUCGACAACCUUUUCGAGGAACGUAGCGUUGAUGAAAUUGUAGAAAUUGAAAAAUUACUCGAUGCAGAAAUAGAAAGGAAAAGGAGUGAGCUACGUUCAAUGGUAGGGGAUCGUUACAAAGAUGUCCUUGCUGCCUCGGACGCCAUAAUUUCCAUGAAGGCUAUCUCUCGAGAGAUUGUUAAUAACAUAGAAAAAAUUACAAACAUUUGCGAAGAACUUGUUACGAAUCCUGUUAGAAGUGACACGAAAGGUUCCCUUGAAAUCGACAAGGAUAAACAUGAAGAGCGAACGCUGGUAAUACAAAUCCGUCUAGCAAUUUUUAUGAAUGAGCAAACUUGGAUUGCUUUGGAUGAAGAAAGCAAUCUGCAAGCUGCACAGUAUUAUUUAUUAGCACAGCACAUACACACAGGACUGAGUUUGUCGAAAAAAGAAGACAUAGAUAGAAUACCUCUUCUUCAGCAGUUAAAGUAUAAUUUAGUUGUUCUAAGGUCACAAAUAUUUGGAAAAAUUACUGAGAAACUGGAAUCUGUUGAGAUUACGGCCGAGGAGACUAGUCAAAAUCUAAAUGCAUUAAUGUUGUUGGAAAACCAAAGUUGUAAAGAUUUAUUAAGCAUUUUUGUCGAACACCGCAAAACGGCGUUGAAUACCGUCAUUAACUCAACGUAUUCUAGCGUUAGGAUUCAAGUUAACGCCAUGGUUAGAUGUCUCGUCACCACAGUUCAUCUAUUGCAUGACUGCUUUAUAUGUACGGGAAAUGGGGGAAAAGGGCUAAUUUGGCAGCAGUUGAACGAUAUCGUAGCCGAUCCAGCACCUCGAACUUUGUCGAAGAUGGAACUACCUGUUACACCUUUAACGUUGUAUAUACCCGAGAUUAUCAGACAAUUUAGGCCUAAAUGCAAGUCGUUGGACGAUACGGAGACAACUUUAAAAAAUGCUAAGCAAGUGUUAGAGAAAUGGUUGAAAGAUACUCAAGAAACGAUUAAAGGCGGACUAGAAAAAUCCUUAAAGUUAGUUACAAAUGUGAGGGGGUUGCAUUUAGUCAGGGAGGAAUCAUUGAAAAUAGAAUUGCCGAGUAAUUGGGAACAAAUCUGUUCGGAAACGUACCUGCCGGAAAAUUUCGACGUUUGGUAUUACUUUUUCCAAAAUUUGAUAUCGCAAAGAUGUAGGUCUCUGAUUUCUACAAAGAUUUCACGGAUAGUCGAAGAAGUACAAACUUACGUUAUGGACACGCUGAAGAUCGUGUCGAAAUCGGAAAGGUCCGAGACUGAUUUACGGUGGUAUGCUUGGACGGAGGAAAAUAGCGAUGUCAGUAAAACUGAAAAUUCACAUUUAGGAUUGACGAUGAAAACUAAGGGAUAUUCACGGAAUAUAGUAGAGUUGUGUAAUAAAAUGGACGGUAAAUAUUUGGAAUUGUUGGAAGACGUGUCGCAAUAUCUGUACGGCAAAGAAUACAGCUCCGACAUAAACUUUUCCAUAGUUUUUAAAGAUUUUAAAUUUAAGAGAAAAUACGUUGACAAAACAGAGGUAGAAGUUCAUUUAAGGACAGAGUCUGUGAGCAGAUCUACACAGAUCGCGGAGUUUGUGAAAAAUAUUCUUUCCAAGGAAAAGGAGCACGUGGUGGUGAAGUCGAUAGUCUGUGCCAGAUUUUUACACGCGAUUUCUACUUUUUGCCCGAAUUUCCACAAAUGCUGCACUUUUAACAACACCUCCGACGAUUGGUUGAAAGUCUGUGAUAUCUACAAUAAAACUAGUCACGUUUUGUGGCAAUAUUGGGUGAAGGACACGAUUAAACGAACGGAAGAGGACGUCGAGAGAUUUAACGAUAUUUCACCAAAUUACGUGCUCAAAAUUCUAUCUAGGUGGGAUGAAAUAGAGAUCCAGGAGCAAACCGAGGAAAAAGUGUUCAAAUCCCAAAUCAAAGUGCCGUUAAAACCCUGCUUAGUUCUGAAUAGCAUCUUGGAGUCGUUGAACGACCACCUCAACAGCGUCCUACCUCACACCCUUCCCAAACCGAUCCAUCUCCAGUACAUCGAGCAGAACAUGGCCGUUGUCCUGAAUCGGUACAAGAAGCUGGUGGAUAAGGAUUUAAAUCAGAUCCAGGCGUUGCAGUUUCUGUUCGAUGUCAAGUAUCUGACGACGUUGUGCGUGCCCAGGGAAAACGUGCAACUUAUUAGCUGUUCGCAAGAAAUCUGUGAUAAACUUAGGAGUAGGAUAGACCCUUUCGAUUUGGACGUGUUUUAUUCCUAUUUGCAGAAUAACGUGAAGCGUGCCGUGCUGCAGUCGCAGAUGAUUUUGGGCUGUCUCAUACCAUCCCCGAAUCAGCUAGCAAGCCUAGGUCUUCCGGAAAAGAGCAAAGAGCAAGAUAAGGUACCAUCCAUUUUAGCUUUAAGUGCGUCUUCGUCGUCUUCUUGGUUCCCCCUGUUACCCAUAACUGUACCUUCCCAGAAGACAUCGGGCGUUAUUUCAGGAUUAAAAAAGGACACAAAGGAAUCCAGUCAGAAACCAGGCAAAGCCCCUUCAAGGAAGAGCCAGGAUCCGACAAGCGUGAUGAGGCAGAGCGCAGCAUCGCUGUUUGGCGGUUUAACAACCGAUUGGUUCUCGUAACAUCAAGACUUUAAUUAUCAGUCGAUUUUAUUUCCAUACUCGAGGUUAUGUUAUAAAGUGUUAUAUAUAAAGUAAUUCUUAUGCUUUUCUACCUGUACAAUUUGUAUUUAUAAGGCAUAAUAAAAAGAAUAAUUUUUAAUAGUGU